CUUUUCGAGGCCCCAAUUUUACCGCCAAUGAGACUUCCACGGUGGGAGUUCCACCCGGCGCAUUGGAGGAAAUAAGCUGAUCACAGCCGGAUGUCUCGGCCUUCUCAGCCCUAAUCAACUACAGCGGUUUCAGUGAGAGUGCAGUGUCCACUCCGGCAUUCUAUAUGGACUUCUCUGUAUAUAAAAGGCGGUUCCUUCCCACCAGAAGAACACCAGGAGCCCAACGAUCACCAAUUAGCACCCAUCUCUUCUAAGUUAACUCUUGCCGGCCAAGAUGUACAAGCUUCUCGGUUCUUUUGCUGUCGCCUCUCUGGCAUCUGGCGCCAUUGCGUCGCCGGCCGACCCUGCCAUCACUGCCUCGCCGUCUCUGAACAAGCGGGCUGAUUCUUGCACCUUCUCUGGCGAGGAUGGUGCUGCCUCUGCCAGUGCCUCUCAGGCAUCCUGUGCUACCAUUACCUUGUCCGACGUCGCAGUCCCCUCUGGCACUACUCUUGACCUGAGUGACCUGGAAGACGACACCACUGUCGUCUUCGAGGGCACCACCACCUGGGGCUACAAGGAAUGGGAAGGCCCCCUCCUCCAAAUCAAGGGCAACGGCAUCACCAUCAAGGGAGCCUCCGGUGCGAAGCUGAACCCCGACGGUGCCCGCUGGUGGGACUCUGAGGGCAGCAACGGCGGCAAGACGAAGCCCAAGUUCUUCGCCGCGCACUCGCUGUCCGACUCGAGCAUCACGGACUUGUACAUCGAGAACACGCCCGUCCAGGCCGUCAGCAUCAACGGCUGCGAUGGACUCACUAUCACCGAUAUGACCAUUGACAACUCCGCCGGUGACAGCGACGGCGGCCACAACACUGAUGGCUUUGACAUUGGUUCUAGCAACAACGUCGUGAUUAAGGGCGCCAAGGUGUACAACCAGGAUGACUGCGUUGCUGUCAACUCUGGUACCCAGAUUACCUUCAGCGGGGGUACUUGCUCUGGAGGCCACGGUUUGUCGAUUGGCAGUGUUGGUGGUCGUGACGACAACACCGUUGACACUGUUACUUUUGAGGAUUCGACUGUGACCAAGUCUGACAACGGUAUCCGCAUCAAGGCCAAGUCCGGCGAGACCGGUGAAAUCAAGGGCGUGACCUACUCCGGCAUCACCCUCGAGUCCAUCAACAAGUACGGUAUCCUCAUCGAGCAAAACUACGACGGCGGCGACCUCCACGGAGACCCCACCUCGGAUCUCCCCAUCACCGGCCUGACCGUCGAGAACAUCUCCGGCUCCGGCGCCGUCGCCGAGGACGGCCACAACAUCGCCAUUGUCUGCGGUAGCUCUGGCUGCUCGGACUGGACUUGGACUGGUGUUGAGGUCUCUGGUGGCAAGGAGUAUGAUGACUGCCAGAACGUUCCCAGCGUUGCUUCUUGCUCUGCUUAGUGUAUAUAAUAUCUAGGAUAUUGUGGUGAACGGACUUUGUAAGAGUGCCUUCUUGGCUCGUUGUUAGGUGCUCCAUAGUUUAAUAAAGUCUGUCUUUCGCCUGUCAUUCUACUCUUAGCUUCCUCGCCUACAUUUCACUGCUAGCCAAUGGACUCUUCACUGUAGAACCCAAUUAAAGGGGAGCCCUAGAAUCUAGACACACCCAAAUCAACCACCGUACUAAUUUCAACCGCACUCGGCGCCCCCAACCUCUUCGUCACACUCUGAUACGUCUUCGUCUCAUACCUCACCCCCCCAUCCUCC